GCCAUUUCGGCCACGGCUUCCGUCGCCCUCUCCUUGCUUUCCUACUAUCAUCAUGGCCUCUGCACUGCCUGUCGACGCCAUCAGGUCGCUCUCUGAGCAGCAUCCGAAGCCGUCCAAUGUCCACUUCCAGUACGGGACCGCAGGGUUCAGGACCUUGGGUAACAUCCUGGACUCGGUCAUGUUCCGCGUUGGUGUUCUCGCUGCGCUGAGGAGCAAGAGGCUCGAUGGCAAGACUAUCGGUGUUAUGAUUACAGCCUCACACAACCCAGAACAGGACAACGGUGUGAAGCUGGUUGACCCUCGUGGAGAGAUGUUGGAGGCGGCCUGGGAGGUCCAUGCUACCAACCUCGCGAACGCCGCCACCACCGAUGCCUUCGUUGACUCUUUGGAGGUGUUCGUCAAGACUGCGAAGAUCGAUCUGUCUAAGCCCGCACGCGUUGUAUAUGCCAGGGACACCCGCCCCUCAGGCCCUGCUCUCAUUUCCGCCUUGGAAGACGGCUUUAAGGCCAUCGGCGCUGAAGCACGGGACGCCGGGGUCACGACAACGCCUGUACUUCACUACCUCGUCAAGGCCAUCAACACCAAGGGCACGAAGGAGGAGUAUGGUGUAGACUCGGAGGAAGGCUACCUGCAAAAGCUCAGCACCGCGUUCAAGAAGCUUGUGGCUGGCAAGCCUGCCAUCCCGCCUCUGGUCAUCGACUGUGCCAAUGGUGUGGGUGCAAUUGUUGGCGAGAAGUUGGGCGAGCACCUCGGCGACACACUGAAACUGCUUCUCCACAACACCGCCAUCGACACCGCCGGCGCACUGAACCACGCCUGUGGCGCCGACUUUGUGAAGACCUCUCAGCGCCUUCCCCCGUCCUUGGCUUCGGUCCUCCAUCCCGGCCAGAGGGGAUGCAGUCUUGAUGGCGACGCCGACCGGUUGAUCUACUACUACCUCGAUGACCGUGGCCAAUUCCACAUGUUGGAUGGCGACAAGAUCGCCGCCCUCGUUGCAGCCUUCAUCGUCGAGCUUACCAAGUCUGCCGGGCUGGAAGGCGAGAUCCAAGUCGGCAUUGUGCAGACCGCCUACGCGAAUGGAGGCUCCACGAAGUACUUGGCUGAGCGUCUGCCGAUCAAGUGUGUUUCUACGGGAGUGAAGCACCUUCACCACGCUGCGGAGCACUACGACAUCGGCGUCUACUUCGAAGCCAAUGGCCACGGCACGGUUUUGUUCUCGUCCGACACGACCAACAAGCUGUCCUCGCACCAACCGUCUACGCCGGCGCAGUCCACCGCGCUCAACCACCUGAUCAACCUCACCCAGCUGAUCAAUCAGACGGUUGGCGAUGCACUCUCCGACAUGCUCCUGAUCGAGGUGGUGCUCGCGCACAAAUCGUACAGCGGCCUGGAGUGGGAUUCUCUGUACGUCGACCUGCCGAACCGGCUCGUGAAGGUCGUCGUUCCGGAGCGCAACAUCUUCAAGACUACAGAUGCAGAGCGUCGUUUGACCAGCCCCGGUGGCUUGCAAGCGAAGAUCGACGAGCUCGUUCACCGCUACGAGGGUGGACGCUCCUUCGUGCGGCCGAGUGGAACGGAAGACGUCGUGCGUGUCUACGCAGAGGCGACUGUGAGGAGCCAGGCAGAUGAACUCGCUUUCCGUGUCGCUGGAUUGGUGUAUGAUGAGGUCGGCGGAGACCCGGCGAAACGCCCCGCCGAGUUCCUGUAGACGAGAUUGGCCGAUUGAUGGACGUAGAGAGAAGAAGUGUAUACCUGUGUGUAUUUUACGUGCGGAACUGCUGAGCGUCUGGACCGGACUGAGAUGGACGGACGGUGUUUGGGUGAAUUUGACACAUCGGCGGUUGCCGGGGAGUGAGACUGACGGAGUGGCUGAGGGCGAGUCGAGUAAGUAUGUCGCCAUUAUGCACCCGACGGCGACCUAGU